GUUCUCCCAAGAUCUUGGCGCGAAAGUGCCGACGAGGGAAGAGGGGUUGUAAACUUGAGGGGUGCCAACUACAAACCCAACUUUGUAAACCAGCACCCUAAAUGCUGGUUUGCCCUCUCGUUAAUCCAGCCGUCAAUUAUCGUCAGCCCAAGCAUCAUCAUAUCCUUUGUUAAAGAGAUUGGGCAUCAUGUGCGACUUCUCCUGCUAUGGAGGCGCCAGCGAAGAGUGGCUCGCUGUGGCGGACAGCUUACCCCCGCCUCCGCCGGCGGAUAUGCCGUUGACUGAAGUGGUGAGGUUAAAUAACGAAAAACGGGAGAUCAUGGCCGCAGAAGCGAUGGAGUCUCUGCGACCCAAAGUUCACAUCCGAGACUACUCGAUCCCCACGAGGGACGGGAGCUCGGUCGAGGGGCGCAGCUACAGACCGGUGUCGGCUGAUGCAGCCACGCGCCUGCCAGUCUACAUACAUCUGCACGGCGGCGGCUACAUGUUUGGAAGUCUCUCCUCCGAGGACGCCAUCUGCUCUCGAAUCGCCCUCAACGCCCAGGUUGUAGUGCUCAACGUCAACUACCGACACACGCCAGAGCACACCUAUCCUACCGCGUGGCAUGAUGUGCAGGAUGCCUUCGAGUGGGCCCACGCGCAUAUUGACGACCUUGGCGGCGACGGUCAGAAGUUGCUGAUCGGGGGCAUCUCGGCAGGCUCGACACUUGCCGCGUCGCUCACCCUGGAACAGCACCUCGGGAGGGUGGCAGCCAACCUCCCCCGCGUCGCCGGGCAGGUCUUGAUGGUCCCAUCUCUCUCCAACAUUGGCUGGCACGAGCCGCAGGUGGGGCAGCUGAAGGAUCCAUCAGUGUCUUCGUACAAGGAGAACGAGAACGCCCCCAUCCUGCCCGUGAAGAUGAUCCACUUCUUCACGAGUCUUCUGAAGAUUGAAAAUGUGGAAGCGGAAGGCACCAAGCUGAACCCUGGAAAUGCUACCCCUGAACAGGUGGUUGGACUUCCGCCAACCAUCUUUGGGGUCGCGGGUCUCGACCCGUUGAGGGAUGAAGGCUUGCUUUACGCAAAGAUGCUGGCAGAAGCUGGAGUUCCUACAGACAUCAACGUGUUUGUGGGGUUGCCUCAUGCGUUCGCCAUGGUUGGAGACAAGCUCUCAGCUACGAAACGGUGGAAUGAGGUUAUGGAGAAUGGUAUACAGUGGGCUUUGACAAAGCCUAGGGCUACCAAGGAGUUUACAGUGAAGACGUAGAGCGCUCUCUUUAUUAGUUUGCCUGAAUCAAGCCUCAUGAUAUAA